AUGUAUGGGCUGCUGUGUGAGAGUCUUCACGACUUCAUCAAGGAGUCGUAUGGAGAUGAUGUGUGGAAGCUGGUCAGAGAGAGAGCAGAUGUCAGGUUACACUCUUUUGUCACCCACCAGGUGUAUAGCGAGAGUGUGAUUCCCCGUAUUGCAAAGGCAGCCAGCGGAGUGACAGGCACGCCAUACAAUGAACUGAUGAACUCCUGGGGUGUCUACUUCCUGGGCUUUGUAGGGAAGUACGGCUAUGACAGGAUCCUCAAGGUGUUGGGCCGUCAUGUACGUGACUUUGUCAAUGGUCUUGACAACCUCCAUGAAUACCUGCGCUUCAGCUACCCCAAGGUGCAGCCCCCAACUUUCUUCUGCCAGGAGGAGUCUGCCACUGGAGUCACCCUCCACUACAGGAGUAAACGUAAAGGCUACCUGCACUACGCCAUGGGUCAGCUGAGGCAGAUGGGGAAACAGUUCUAUGACACUGACAUUCACGUGGAGGUGCUGUCCGAGCAGAUGGUCGGAGACUACUCCCAUGUCACCAUGAGGCUGAACUUUGACAACUCUGCCUACCGCUACAUCAUGAAGGAAGAUGAGGAAGAGCAGGAGAUUUUGCCCAUUACCUCAGAUUUCUUCUUUGAGGUCUUCCCCUUUAAUAUCGUCUUCAGACAGGACAUGGUGGUGCAUAACGUAGGCUCAGGCCUGGCUACAGUCUUCCCUGAUCUAGAUGGGAAGAAGAUCAAUGAUGCCUUCUUGCUGGCUCGCCCCCUAGUGGAAUUCACCUGGAACAUGAUCAUCUCCCACCCCAACAACCUGUUUGAAAUCAUGUCAAAGGAGCCUGUGAAGAGAGAGAGGAACCUUCACAACCGAGUCCAGAAUUCUGACUAUGAAAAUGCCAAUCGCUCUGCUGACGUAGAUGUGGAGCUCAUGGCUUUCCAGUCCAUCAUUGGGGAUGAUUACAAAGAUGGUAACAGUGCUAAUGCGAUGGAGAGCUGGGGCGAUGGGAGCCGCUGCCUGAAACUAAAAGGACAAAUGAGAUACAUGCCGGAGUGGGAGUCCAUCAUCUUCCUGGGAACUCCUGUGAUGGAGAGUUUGAGUGCUAUGUUUAAGACUGGCUUGUACAUCAAUGACCUGAGUAUGCACGACUCCAGCAGAGACCUGGUUUUGGCGGGGACUCAGCAGUCAGAGGAGCUGAAGAGAGCUCUCAUACAGGAGCAAAAGAAGUCGAGCAAGCUGGAGGAGAGCAUGAAGAUGUUGGACUACGAGAUGAAGAAGACUGAUGACCUUCUGUACAGGAUGAUUCCCAAGCCAGUGGCUAAAAGGCUGCGCAAAGGAGAGCCUGCUGUCAACACUUGUGAGGUGUUCCCAGAUGUGACCAUUCUCUUCAGUGAUGUCGUGGGGUUUACUCGCAUUUGCAGCCACAUCACUCCAAUGCAGGUGGUCUCCAUGCUCAACACCAUGUACACCCUGUUUGACACGCUCAGCGAGAAGCACCGCGUCUUCAAGGUUGAGACAAUUGGAGAUGCCUACAUGGUUGUUGCCGGGGCUCCAGAGAAGACCAAGUACCACGCUCAUAACAUUUGUGACAUGGCCCUAGACAUGGUGCGCUCCAUCGAUCACCUGAAAGACCCCUCCAACGGCAACAACAUACAGAUUCGUGUUGGGAUCCACUCUGGCAUGGUUGUGGCGGGUGUGGUGGGACAUAAAAUGCCACGUUACGGUCUGCAUGGUGACACGGUCCACACUGCAUCUGCCAUGGAGAGCAAUGGCAAGGAGAUGCACAUUCAGCUCAGCAGUGCCACCUAUGAGCACCUGAAAGGAAGUCACUUCAUUUUUGAAAGGAGGGGCAUCAUUACUAUCAAGGGGAAUGUUGAAAUUGAGACCUACUGGCUGAAAGGAAAGAGGGACAAGGAUGGGAAUGCUCAGGCAGCAUGUCCUCAGUUUGAGACUCAGACCAUCAGCAAGGCCAUCAGCAAGGCCACCAUCUCGGGCCCUGAGGCCACAGGAGAUGAGGAGGGACUGGUUUUUCCUCUGGUGGCAGGGGAGGAUGAGGAUGAUGUCAAGUCUAUUCGCUCUCAUCGUAUCAAGAUGGAAAUUUCAGGUCAUUCUCUAGAGGAGUCGAUUGAGGAGUGCCGGGUGGAGGAGAUGUCUGUUCAUAAGUCCCACUAUAAGGAUGCCUUGCAGGACGGCCUCCAGGACUCUCACCUGGAACUGGACUCACCUGAGUCUGACGGCAGGGACUCCAUCAUGGAGUCCCGUGACAGCUCCUGUGACUCCCGCUGCUCCAAGAGCGCCAUGUGCUCCGUGUCGUGA